AUGUUGUGGCUGUUACUAGUGGCGUCAGCGGCUCUGCUGCUGCCAAUGCUGCUCAAUUAUCGCGGAGUUGUGGCAAAUGUCACGGUAAUUGAAGACAUUAGGAACGCCUUCAGAGGCAUCACCAACGACACCGAGCUGCUGGACCACAUUAUACCGGAAAUGUACGGAUCGAGCAUGCGCAGUGCGAACCCGACCUUUGUCUUCCGAAUGCCCACCCGUGGGAGUGCGAGCGGCAGCGCCAGCGGCGACGGCUUCGAGCUGCUCACCAUGCAGCGCUCUGACUUUGCGGAACCAAUCUUCCCCAAUAUCAGCGAAUCAAUACCGCCCACGGUCAGCGCUCCCUUGACAGCUGAGCCACCGGAAACGAGUGUGAAGACCAGCCUGGUGGCCUCUCCCCACGCCGAAUGGCAGCAACUGGGCCUGGAGGGAUGGGCGGGCGAAUUGAAGCCUCCCCUUCCCUGGCUAGAGCAGAGCCACAAGGACACUCAUCCGGCGACUGGCUGGCAGAAUACAUAUCCGCGCGAUGAGAUACUCCUCGAUCUGAAGAACAAGCACUUCGAUGGCCGUGUGACCGACAUUCGGGUGAUAGCUGCCACCAGUCCAGGCCGGCCAGCGGAGAUGGAGGACCUAAUGAACGGACAGAAUGUGUAUAUUGCGCGGGUGAACGACCCCUUUGGCUACUCCAUGAAGUGGACGCUCAGCAAUGCCAGCAGCACGGAGCCGCAGCAGCUGGAGGAGCAAGGAGCUGGAGGACUGGCCGUGGAUCGCGGCAAACGGGAUGUGGCCAAGCUGUACUCAAUGAUCAAGUGCUCCACGGGCUGCGAUCCGUUGAUAUACAAAGGUUACGGCUGCUAUUGCGGCUUCGGUGGCCACGGUGUGCCCGCCGAUGGCAUCGAUCGCUGCUGCCGCCUCCACGACAAGUGCUAUGGCCAGAGCAACUGCAUCUCCUACCUGGAGUACUUCGUGCCGUAUGUGUGGAAGUGCUAUCGGGGCAAGCCGCUGUGUGCCGUCGACCAUGGCGAGUGGGGAGGUCCCGACUCCUGUGCGUCCCGUCUCUGCCAGUGCGAUCUGCGGCUCUCGCGAUGCCUCAAGAAGUACUACUGUCCCAAGCGACGAUCCAUUUGCCACUCGUCCCGAUCGCGACGAUUACAAAAUUUAAUAUUCUUCGAUUAAUCAAAUGUUAUGACUUAUUUAUGUAUUUAUGUUGUUGAUGGAACUGCGUGGCUGAUAGUUAAA